AUGGGUCAAGGAGAGUCGCACGAAGCGCCUCGGCUAACGCUAGAGCAGCUCUCCCAAGCCAUUGCUGAGCGGUUCGCACAGAAAAGCUUCACGCCCCUCGAGCUCUACUGCUUCAACUCUGUAUUCCGCUCGCUAGCUGACACGCAGUCUGGGGUGCACUACUGGAGCGAGACCACACUAUGCCGAUUCUUGGAGCUUCCCGACGCGCUGGGCGUGGGCUCGGUCGUCUUUCAGAUGGCGAGUUACCUUGGAGCCUUUCCGCUGCCGAGCCAGGCCCCCGCCAUUCUGACACAUGAGGCGCUGCUCAAGGUUGUCACAAUAUUGACAGAGCGAUAUGGGGCAGUGGUCAAGAAGCGAGGGAGAGAGAUUUGGUUGAGGGAGAUUUAUCGCAGUUUAGCAAUAUAUGACAAAGGGAUACGGUCGAGCGUGGAAGAGAAAGAGAAAGAGAUGGCAAAGGAUACAGGGAAUCGGGGUGGCAGUAAUAUGGGCUUUGCGGUCGAUGCGCCCGAGGAUGGGGACGAGGGAGAGGACGAUGAGGACGAUGAGCUGGUAUUAGCUGCGCUCGAGUCCAUGGACGCGAUUGAUGCAUUCAAGCAAGGAGAUCACGCCAACGUCCACCACUCCAUUAUACCGACAGAUAACUUCUUGAAGCUAGUGGAGCUAUUGCUGCUCAUUGCGCCGAUAGAUGCACAGCAGAGUCUCUCAAGCUUGGCACCGAAUCUAUCAGACGACAAAGUCGAAGAGCUUCGGCGCGCUGCACAUGUUAUACUAUCGUCUUUUGGUGUUGAAGACCAUCCAGGAGUCACAUAUCGCGUCUUCAACGCUGUCGUCUCAACAACGCUGCCCUACCUCUUCAACGGUCUCAAUCCGCUAUUCGAGCACUUCCUUUUCGCAAAAGACUUUGACCUUUCCAAGCGCAAGCCAGGCUCCACAUCGCCAACUCAAGAGAAACACCCCGUUAUCCCACCGCCCAAAGCAGAACUGGAACCAGUCCUUCGUGAACCAGGUGAGAUCCUGAAUCUAACCACCUUAAGCCAACUGUCCUUCUUUAUCAAGGGCAGCAACCUCUUCCGACGCCUCCGCCCCCUUUACAGCGGCAACACCCACGGCUUCAGCAUGGGCUCCUUCGAAAAACAAGUCUUCAACUGGCGCGCUCCCACCAUCCUCCUCGUAAAAGGCCGUCUCCUCCCCGCCACCCCCUCCAGCACCCGCGAACGCGCACUCCAAGAUAUGCUGCCACCCAAGCGCCACGCAGAUAGCAUUACACCCAGCUCACCAAACCAAACCCUCAUCUACGGCGCAUACAUUCCUUCGCAGUGGAAGCACACCGGCAAGUCUUGCUUCGGCGACUCGACCACCCAACUCUUCCAACUCUCACCUACCCACGACGUCUUUACCGCGUCGUCGUAUAGUACAGAUUACACCUAUUUUAACAAAUCCCCAACUCAACCUGCAGGCAUCGGCCUCGGGACCCCCGUCCCCGCUCAAUCAGCCUCCUCAUCAUCUUACUCUUCGCAUUCCGUCUUCCGCCCCGGUCCCGUAUCCUUGCAUCUCGACGACGCGCUCGAAUUCGCAGUUUUCACACAUUUGGCUGAGGGCGGGGGCUCGUUUCUUCCGUCGAAACUCCCGGCUAGGAGAGGGAAGGAUUGGCAGGAUCGAUUUGAAAUUGAAUGCUUGGAGGUUUGGGGCUGUGGCGGGGAUGAAGUGGCGGAGCAGCAGAGGAAGGAGUGGGCGUGGCAGGAACGGGAGGCUGAGGCAAGGAGGAGGAUCAAUUUGGGGACGGGGGAUGUGGAAAUGGAUAGGGAGCUGUUGAGGAUGGCGGGAAUUAUUGGAGGGGAGAGGAGUGGGGGGAGUAUGGGGUGA